AACGUGUCAUCACCAACACAAUGCCCGUGUUACUUUUUCUGAUAGACACGUCCGCGUCAAUGAACCAGCGCACCCAUCUGGGCACUACCUAUCUGGACAUUGCAAAAGGCGCUGUUGAGACUUUCAUGAAGCUUAGAGGCAGAGAUCCGGCGAGCCGAGGGGACCGGUAUAUGUUGAUAAAUUUUGAGGACGUUCCCCUCGGAAUCAAGGCUGGAUGGAAAGAGAGCCAUGCCACAUUCAUGACAGAGCUGAGGAACCUUCAAGCAGCAGGACUCACAACUAUUGGCCAGUCUUUGAGGACCGCUUUUGAUUUGCUCAAUCUCAAUAGAUUAGUGUCUGGGAUAGACAACUAUGGACAGGGCAGGAAUCCCUUUUUCCUGGAGCCGUCCAUCAUAGUGGCCAUCACCGACGGCAACAAGCUGACCAGCAGUGGCGGAGUCCAGGAUGAGCUCCACCUUCCCCUGACCACUCCUCUGCCGGGCAGUGAGUUGACCAAGGAGCCGUUCCGCUGGGACCAGCGUCUGUUCUCCCUGGUGCUGAGGAUCCCUGGACACGCCACUGUAGAGCCUGAACCCCUGGGGGGGGUCCCCCCCGACGACUCGGCCAUCACCCCCAUGUGUGAGGUCACCGGAG